AUGUACAAGCCAAGAGUAUUCCCUGUCAUGUUUCCAUGGAAUAUUUUUGCUUUUGUUUUAAGGUACCUGUUGGACAAUCCAAUAGAUUGUAAAGACGCAAUUCUGAAGCAACUGGCAGCUUCUAUUACUCUUAAGUCCAACUGCGGCCAAAUAUCGAAUGUUGCAGUGGAAAGUGACUUGCAUUUUCCUCACUCGGAAGAAUCAAAAAUAGGAAGUCGUAUGAAAAGAUCUGUGGCAAGUUGCCAGGCGGGAUCAGGAAAUUGUGUGAAUUACACGUGUAGAGGAAUCGAUCACUGGUUGCCGUUUCAGACUUAUUGGGGAUGCUGUAAGGGUGUUAUCCAUGAUCAGCGCGAGACCUACUGCUCAGAAAUACAAGGCGUUUUGCAAUGCGGCACGGUAGCUCCAGCGUUUAGAUGCAGGAAUGAACACUGUAUACCAAAUCCAUGGUUGUGUAACAGAGUGAACGACUGUCAAGAUGGAAGUGAUGAAAUUGGAUGUGAUGAGUGUAGUAAAACUGAUGAGUUUCGAUGCUGGAAUGGGAGAUGUAUUCCUCAAUCAGCCGUUUGUGACGCGUAUAACGACUGUGGAGACGGAAGCGACGAAACUUCUUGCCGAACUUUGCGCGGUGGCUGGUGCACCACAAAACAGUACAGAUGCCCCACCGAUAGUUGUGUUCCACUGCAAAAUGUGUGCGAUGGCAAAGCAGACUGCACUGACAACUCUGACGAAAUUGGGUGCAUAGUUCCUUGUAACAAUGGAUGGAAACAUUAUCAGUCAUCUUGUUAUAAGUACUCAAACCAUCACAGUAGAUGGACUGAUGCUGAAGAUCUUUGCCAGAGGGACGGAGCGCAUCUCGCGAAAAUUACCAGCAGGAAAGAACAAGAUUUUGUCUUUAGCCUUGGUGUUCAUCAACCUUUUCAAAUCUGGAUCGGUUUGCGGGCGCAAGGACCUUCAGGAAAAUUCACUUGGGCAGACGGAUCGCCACUUGGCAAUUUUACUUUCUGGUCAGCGGGUGAGCCCUCUCCAGGUCCUGACGUUUGUGCGGAAAUAAUUCGUAAUGAUAGUCAAGGGCAGUGGCGAACUGGCCAGUGUACAACGAGACACAGUUCAUAUGUGUGUGAGAAAGAGAGAGUAUGUAACAUCACGGGAGCAAGUGGUGAUUACAAGACUGAUUUUGAAACACCGACGCUCAUGAAGUCUUUCCCACGCGAAGAGAUCAUCUUAGCACAGUAUGAAACUAGCGUGACGGUGCAAUGCGAAGCAUCUGGCUUUCCGAGACCCACAGUCACGUUUCUUAUUAACGGAGUAAAUUCGUACGCUGUGAACAAGGGUCACACAAUCAUGGAACCUUACAAAACAACUGUCACGUAUGUUGUGACAAUGCCGUCUGACGUGGAAUGUCACGCCUCCAACAAAAUGGGUAACACCUUUUGGAGAAUAAAAGUCAAUUUAAAAGAUGAUGAUCUGUCAUUUCUCAGAGCUGUUUUAAGACUGACGGAUGAGACUUUCACGUCUGACCUCAAGGAUCCUUUGUCUGCAAAAUUCAAGACACUGUCAGCCUGGCUGGAGAAUAUUCUUAUGUCUUUAUACGCAGAAGUCCAUGGUUUCAGAGAUGUAGAAGUUGUAAGAUUCAGAAACAGAAGUGUCGUGGUAGAUGUGCUCCUGUCUACCGCGAAAGGAGGUUCGUCAGUUGUUCAAAACAAACUCCUUGAAGUUAUGGGAUCAAAUCAAUUACAAAAUGUUACAAUUGACUCGUUUGGCGUCGUUAAAGCGUGUCCAAAAGAAUUUUUAAACGUAUCUUGGAGUGGAACUUUUGAGGGAGAGUUUGCCACGCAGAACUGUCCCAGAGGAGCAGCGGGUGUGGCCAAAAGGAAAUGCUUAAACGACGGUGUGUGGGGGUACCCUGACUACGGGGAGUGUAUCAGUCAAGAAUUCAAUCAACUACAAGAAAAGAUGAAUGGUUUGUUCAACCCAUCAAAUCUCUCCAACGAAAAUAUCACAGCUAUUAUCACAGAGCUGUCUUCCCUAACUCAACCAGAGAAAUACGAUUCCUUGAUGGCUGGAAAUAUCAAGGCAUCGACGCAGAUUUUAAAAAAUGUGGUCUUUUACAACGAAAAGUUUGCUAACAGUCGUGAGACAGUGUCAGCAAACAUUGAA